AUCCCUCUUCCCCUUAAUUCUAUGAUACAUGAUAUCAGAUUAAAGUGCACGUGUAUUUUCUGGUGAAGGAUCUUUAUGCUGCAGCUAGCUGAUCUGAAGUGAGAGAUUGAAAAUGAAACUUGGAGUUAGCCUUGUAUGUGCUUUGCUUACCGUUGCUCUGUGCGAUUCUGGUCAUAUUGGAAGGAUAGUGAGAAUUCCCCUGCAUCCUAUAAGUCAUGACUUGUCUGCUUUGGAGAGAUAUGCCUUGGCAAGAAAGGCCCUACAAGUGAAGUAUUCAAGUCACGUUCUAGGAGAUGCACCUGAACCUCUCACGAACUAUCUUGAUGCUGAGUAUUAUGGAAACAUCACCAUUGGGACUCCUGGACAGAGCUUCCAGGUUAUAUUUGAUACUGGAUCCUCCAACCUCUGGGUGCCAUCUGCACAGUGUAAAUCAGAUGAUUUAGCAUGCAAAACCCACCAGAAAUACUACAGUAACACCUCAAGUACAUACGUAGCAAAUGGAAAGUCUUUUGCCAUACAAUAUGGUACUGGCAACCUCUCAGGUUUUCUCAGUCAAGACACUGUCACUGUGGCUGGUAUAGCUGUGAAAAACCAGAUAUUUGCUGAGGCUACUGUACAACCAGGGAAUACAUUUGUCAAUGCCAAGUUUGAUGGUAUCUUGGGGAUGGCCUACAGUAGUAUAUCUGUAGACAGUGUUCCGACAGUGUUUGCUGAUAUGGUCACACAAAAGCUUGUUCAAAAUCCUGUGUUUGGUUUCUAUUUGAACAGAGAUGAAAAAGGCAAACUGGGAGGUGAACUACUUCUAGGAGGAACUGACCCCAAUCGUUUUAGUGGGGAUCUCAAGUAUGUCAAUCUUGAUCAAGAAACCUACUGGCAAUUCACCAUGGACAAGAUAACCGUUGAUGGAGGUGGUACAACAUACUGCAAUGGCUGUGAUGCUAUCGCUGACACUGGCACCUCUCUCAUUGCUGGGCCAUCAACAGAUGUGACUGCUAUUAACAAGCAAAUUGGAGGGCAAUUAGAUCCCAAUGCUGGAGUGUACAUUGUGGAUUGUAACAAGAUAAACAGCCUUCCUAAUGUCACAUUCACAAUAGGCGGAUAUACUUUUGCACUAACUGGAGCAGAGUAUAUCUUGAAGGAUUACUCAGAUGGCGCAGUUGUGUGCUUUAGUGGGUUCCAGGGCAUUCAACUUCCUAAGCCUCUGUGGAUCUUGGGAGAUGUUUUUAUUGGGGUUUAUUACACAGAGUUCGACAUUAUUCAGAAUCGAGUUGGUUUUGCUCAUGCUAAAGUGUGAUUGGGUGUUGUGCUGAACGUACUUUCAUGAACAAAAAAUGUUGUAUUAUAAUUAUGUAAUUAUAAUUAUCAGAGAUGAUUUUUGUUUGCUAUCA